CUUUUCGUCACGACUGUCACUGGCGACGAGGGGGCUCACGGAAAGGAGUCCGCCCACAGCGUAACGGUCACCGAGCAGGGCGCAUCGUCCGCCGCGAAUAUCAAUAUACUCUUUCUCCCCAUGGACCCCGCCCAGCACGCCCACGACCCGUCCCAGCCGCCCAUGCAGCUCCCCGCCACGCCCUCUGCGUCCCGCAAGCGGUCGCGCGAGAACGAGACUCCCAGCCAGAGACACAAGCGAGAGAAGGCUGCAGAGCGGCAGCGCCGUAAACGCGAGAGAGACCGCCAGGCAGACCAUAUCCGCCCCGCGGGCAUGUCGUCCUCGAUCUCAGACUUCGCAAAGGCCGAUGAUCCCAACAUUGAGGAUGUUGCAAAGCGGGAUCGUGUUCGGGCGGCCGCGCGAGAGCGGCAACGCAAGCACCGUGCCCUCGUCAAGGCACGCAAGAUGCGCGAGCUCGGCAUGGACAUGGGCAACGAACUCCUCCCGGGCAUGGAAGACAUGCAGUUUCGCGUCAACGCCGACGGCCACUAUCAGCCCGUCAUGCCUCACGAGAUGCCGCCCCACCCCCCGCCCCCGCAGUCCAUACAGGAGCCGCCCUUUCCCCACGGCGUGCACCAGCUCUCAGGGGGACAGACCUUUGCCUCCACUCUCCUCCUCUCCUUCUCAUGCGCGCCUCUUCUCAAGCAACAUCUCCUUCGCACGCUCAAUAUGACUAACGAAGAACUUGCCUCGCUCGAGCCUAUCAUCGCACAAGCCUGGGACCACUGGGAUCAGCAGCGCCGGAUACACUAUGCGCACCAUGCAGCAAAUAAAGGCCCUGACGGGUCACCACCCCCGAACGACUUCCGCGCCCGUUUCCACCGCUCCCUCGUCGCCCCGUCCCCCUUCCGAUCCGUCCUCGUCGGCGGCGACAACCAGCAACAGCCACCGCCUCCCGCGCCUCAACCCACCGCAGGCACGUCCGCCUCGGCCUCUGUGUCCGCGCCCGGAGACACGAUCAACCCCGCGCUGUCGACGAACGCGCCACACCCGCACGCUCAUCCACUUCCACAUCCGAGCGAGCCACCGCAGCAUCCAAAUCCGCUGACGAUCGUCGCGGGUAUCGACCCGCAACUCGGACAGGCGCGCGACGAGGCGGCGGGAGUGGCGGGCAAGCUCGAGCGAUCAUGAUGCGCCUCCUCGUCCACCCAGGCUGUUGUUGUGUCCUCUUCCGUAACAUAUGUAUGGUAUGUAUGCUCUAUGGGUAUGGACUGUAGACGAUUUUCUUGCCCCUGACGACUCCCCACGCAAGCCUCGCUCCGCUUACUGUAUGUACCGUGGCUGUUUCCUUACGUUACUCAUGCAGUCCUCCGUAUCACCCGCGCAGGAACUCCCGUAAUCCAUAUCGUCAUCGUUAGCCGAGUCGCGUAGUUGUCCGUGUCGUCGCUCCACCCGUGUAUCCUCUAUCAUUCUCUGUCCUGCUGUAGUCUGUAUGUCGCAUAGUCCACGUUUGUCGGGCGCAAUGUGAAGACAUCCUGAUUUUCGCUA